AUGAAUGAUUUACUCGCAUUAAUACUUUAUGUUAUUAAAGAUGAAGAAGAUUCUUUUUGGUGUUUUGUUGGUUUAAUGAAUAGACUAGAAUCUAAUUUCAAUGGUGAACUCAAUGCAGUCAGAGAACAAUUUAAUCAAUUAUUUUCACUGAUUGAAAUAUUUGAUCCAACUUUUAGUGAAUAUCUUGAAUCGAAAAGUGCCAAAGAAAUGCCGUUUUGCUUCCGCUGGUUGUUAAUUCAUUUCAAACGAGAAUUCUCAUACAAAGAUACUAUGACUUUAUGGGAGGGUAUAGAAAAUGAUUUAAAACCAAUAGUAUGGAAGUAUUUACUCGGUUAUUAUCAAUGGACUUAUACAGCAGAAGAAAAUGAAAGAUUAAAAGUUGAAAAAAGUCGUGAAUACCACAUCUUGAAGACGUUUUUGGAGUCAAUGUCCCCUGAUGGGGGAGCUAGGUUUUCCUUGUUUCGUGGUAGUAAAUGUUUUAUUGAUAAAGACGUUCCACGUACUGAUCGAAAAACUGAUUUUUACUCAGAUGAUAGUCAUGGAAAUUUGACACGUCUUUCAGAUAUACUUAUCACGUAUACUAUAUAUAAUAUGGAUUUCGGUUACUUCCAAGGAAUGAAUGAUUUACUCGCAUUAAUACUUUAUGUUAUUAAAGAUGAAGAAGAUUCUUUUUGGUGUUUUGUUGGUUUAAUGAAUAGACUAGAAUCUAAUUUCAAUGGUGAACUCAAUGCAGUCAGAGAACAAUUUAAUCAAUUAUUUUCACUGAUUGAAAUAUUUGAUCCAACUUUUAGUGAAUAUCUUGAAUCGAAAAGUGCCAAAGAAAUGCCGUUUUGCUUCCGCUGGUUGUUAAUUCAUUUCAAACGAGAAUUCUCAUACAAAGAUACUAUGACUUUAUGGGAGGCGUUUUGGACAGAUUAUCGGACUAAGAAUUUCCAUAUCUUUUUCGCUGCCGCUAUACUUUUGACUCAAAGAGAUAAUAUCAUGAAUAGAAAAUAUGAUGCAAACAGUAUAUUAAAGGUUAGUUUAUUUUAUAAUAAUAAAUCGUCAGAAAUUAUUACAUAG